AAGGAAAAAAGUCGCCGUGCGGAUGCCGAAAAUUUUGCGUAGAGUUGUUUAAUUUUUCCUGAUGCUCGCAGCAUUGGCGGCAUUGGCACCUGAAUUUUGCAGAACAUUUGAUCGGUGGUUGUCAAGCUGGUUGCUCACUUCUGAUUUGUUUUUUUUGAAAACGGACCCAAUUAACACCACACACUUUUGGCGUGUCAUGCAUUGGAAAAUUCCUUAUGGAUUUGUUAGAUGCUUGUCAUGUCAUUGCGGUAGGUUGCAUACCUUUUUGUGCCUUGUCACCUCAUGCAAAAUGCAAAGCGUUUCUCUUCCAUUCAUGCCCAUCCAAUGCCAUUUUUUUGUGGAAUGAAAUUGUGUCAUAUUUUAUCAGAAGUUGAUGUUUGUGCAUUUCGCGCGGCACUGGCAGGGGUUAGCACGUGUAGGUGAGUAGCGGGUCCCGCAGAGGAUAGAUAGUUUGCAGCCAUGGGGCGCAUGUAUGGAAAGGGCAAGGGCAUUGCCUCAUCCGCCAUCCCCUACAAGCGAACUCCUCCAAGCUGGCUGAAGAUGAAGCCGGAUGAUGUGGUUGAUCACAUCUGCAAGCUGGCCAAGAAGGGUCUGACUCCUUCCCAGAUUGGUGUCACCCUGCGAGACAGCUUCGGUGUGCCACAGGUCAAGGCUGUGACUGGCAACCACGUGCUGAGAAUCCUCAAGACCAACGGCGUGGCACCAACUCUCCCUGAGGAUUUGUACUACCUGAUCAAGAAGGCAGUGUCCGUGAGGAAGCACUUGGACAAGAAUCGCAAAGACAAGGAUGCCAAGUUCCGCCUGAUUCUGGUGGAGAGCCGUAUCCACCGCCUUGCCAGGUACUACAAGCGUGUGAAGGCCUUGCCAGCUACUUUCAAGUAUCAGUCUUCCACCGCAUCGGCAUUGGUGGCGUGAGUGCCAGCUCCCAGUGAAACUAGAAUGUUUGAGGGACCAUAAGCUACCUGCUCUGAACGUGUGCGAAAACAAA